AGCAUGGCUGCUGCAUAUCAGCCUUCUGAGCGAAUCUUGCUACGGACGCAGCGAAGUUGGGUACAUCCCUUGGUGGGCGGCUCCGGUUCCACUUGUUAUCGGUGCCCUCUUGGAGCUAAAAGACACCUACUCACAGAAAAUAUUGUGAAAUUAAAAGAAUUUCAGCAUAAGAAGGUGGCUAUUGCACAUAAUCUCCCUGGCACCAAAGAAACGUAUUUUAAAAACUUGGAAGAGAAAUUGAUCCAGAACCAACUCAUCUUCAAGGAAGAGUUGAAAAACUUGCUUCAUUUGUGUGACUCCCGGGCUGAUAUGCAGCUUGCUAAAAGUGUCGUUUACAGGUACCAUGCAGAAAACAGAAAUGUCAAUCUGGGAGAAUAUAAGUUUGGACCCCUCUUCAUGAGGCUCUGUUAUGAGUUGGAUCUUGAAGAAGCUGCCCUGGAGCUGAUCAAAGACCAGCAUUUGCAAGGUUUCUUUUCAGAUGCCACAUCAUUCAAUAUUUUGAUGGACAUGUUAUUUAUCAAAGGCAAAUAUCAAAGUGCAUUGGAAGUAUUGAUACAAAUGAAAAAUCAAGACAUGAAAUUUACCAAAGAUACCUAUGUCCUUGCCUUUGCAAUUUGCUACAAACUGAAUAGCCCUGAGUCUUUAAAAAUCUGUACUACAUUAAGAGAAGAAGCCCUAAUCAAAGGAGAAAUUCUCACCAGGAGAGCAUUGUGUUUUGCUGUGGCAUUAGCUCUGAAUCAGAACCAAGUGGCAAAAGCUAUGUCUAUUUUUUCUCAAAUUAUGAAUCCAGAAAACAUACCCUGCAUUAAUUUAAAUCUAGCCUCAGUGAGGGAAAAAGUGAAGGAUCUCCCAGGCCUCCGGGCCCAAUUUGAUGAGCUCUAUGGGAAACUGCACACGUCUGGCCAGGUCACCACCCACACUUUGGAUGCUAUGUUGUGCCACACGCCCAGGGACAAGACAUCCUACAUGGACCUGUUAAACAAGAGACCAGUCAGCCGUCAGACUUUCCAGCCACUCAGCCAGGCCCUGUUGGCUGAGUAA